AUGGGAGACACCAAGCCCAGGUCCAGGGGCGCCAUGGUCGAGGCCCGCCCCAGCGCAUCCGUCAUGGUGCUGUCGGCGGCCAACGAGGUGCUGGUGCUGCAGCGCGUGCAGUCGUCGACGUCGUUUGCCUCGGCGCACGUCUUCCCCGGCGGCAACCUCGACGCCUUCCACGACGGCGCCGUGCCCGGGCCGCAGUCGCCGGCGCGGCACCGCGAUGGACCGGCCUACCGCAUGGCCGCCGUCAGGGAGUGCUUCGAGGAGACGGGCAUCCUGCUGGCCACGGGCAGGCAGGGGCUCAUCAGCCUGCCGGCGGCGGAGCGGGAUGCGGCGCGGGCGAGGAUCCAUGCCAACGAGGUUCCGUUUGGGGAGUGGUUGGCGUCGGUUGGCGGUGUUGCUGAUACCGAGAACCUCAUCCCCUUCACGCGAUGGAUCACCCCCGUCGGGGUGCCCAAGCGCUUCACGACGCAAAUGUACGUCUACCAGCUGCCUCUCUCGCGCUCGGCAGUGCCGUCCGAGAUGCUCAUCCCCACGCCGGACAACGGCGUCGAGCACACGGCAGCCCUCUUCGCGCCUGCGCACGUCUCCCUCGGCCGCGUCGCCGACGGCUCCAUGACGCUCUUCCCGCCGCAGUACUACCUCUUGCACCUGCUCAACGGCUUUCUGGGCGACGGCAAUACCAGCAGCAGCAGCAGCAACAGCAGCAGGGAACCCAUCGAAGCCGGGCCGCUGCACCGCGCCGCGCAGCGCAAGAAGCUGCUGGCGUGGCUGCGGCGCACGCCCACGGCCGCCGACAGCCACGCGACGGCGCGCAUCCCCUGGGGCGAAAAGGUCAUGUGCCCGGUUCGGCUGCCGGUGCGGCGGGCCGACGGGCGCGUUGUGCUCGGGCUGGAUAAGCCGGGCCCGGAGCUCGAGGGCGAGCCGAGGGGCGGCGACUGGGAGAGGGUGGUGCUGGUCAACUUUGCCCAGGGGGGGCCGCGGGAUCUGGAGAUUCGGUCGAGGAGGGCCGUGCUGCGGGAGGACAAGCAGGACGAGGCGGCACGGCUGUGA